UAUGCAUCUUUGCUGGGAAGUGCUGCAAAGAUAGUAGGAGAAGUUGCAGCAUAAAAGCCUUGGUCAUCAUUGGCUCUGUAACUUUUCAUUCUUUUUCUCCUUCUCUCCCCACUCUGGGUUUUUCAUUGCACAUCACAAGUGUAAAUGGAUGGACUUCACAGAAGCUUGAAGUACUGAGAGGUUUUGAUCCAGACCCAGGCUACAACCAGUAAUGUCCGAGACCAAACUGGAUGGUCUGCCUUCUUGCCGGAACUGGUCUUCUGUUCCAGAACUGAAUGAUACUCAGGAGCCUUUUUCAAUCCCCUCUGCUGACUAUAAUGAUGAGGAAUUUCUGCGAUACCUUUGGAGGGAAUAUUUACAUCCCAAAGAAUAUGAAUGGGUCCUGAUUGCAGGGUAUAUUGUUGUAUUCAUUGUGGCUCUCAUUGGAAACAUCCUGGUUUGUAUUGCAGUGUGGAAGAACCAUCACAUGCGGACAGUUACCAACUACUUCAUAGUAAACCUCUCCCUGGCUGAUGUUCUUGUCACAAUCACUUGUCUUCCAGCCACAUUAGUAGUGGAUAUCACAGAAACUUGGUUUUUUGGGCAGACCCUCUGCAAGGUGAUCCCUUAUUUACAGACUGUGUCCGUCUCUGUGUCUGUACUAACACUUAGCUGCAUCGCUUUGGAUCGCUGGUAUGCAAUUUGUCACCCUUUGAUGUUUAAAAGCACAGCCAAGAGGGCAAGGAAUAGCAUUAUCGUUAUCUGGAUUGUGUCCUGCAUUAUAAUGAUUCCUCAGGCUAUUGUUAUGGAGUGCAGCAGUAUGUUCCCAGGAUUAGCUAACAAAACUAUCUUAUUCACAGUUUGUGAUGAGCAGUGGGGAGGUGAGGUCUACCCCAAAAUGUAUCACACCUGUUUUUUUCUGGUGACAUACGUGGCACCACUGUGUCUUAUGGUGUUGGCCUAUUUACAAAUAUUCCGAAAACUAUGGUGCCGCCAGAUCCCAGGAACUUCCUCAGUAGUUCAAAGAAAAUGGAAGCCUCUGCCCUCUUUAGCACAGCCCCGAGGGCUGGGACAGUCAACCAAGUCAAGGAUUGGUGGGGUAGCAGCUGAAAUAAAACAGAUUCGAGCCAGGAGGAAGACAGCGCGUAUGCUAAUGGUGGUUCUCUUGAUUUUUGCACUUUGCUAUCUACCAAUUAGUAUCCUCAAUGUCUUAAAAAGGGUUUGGGGGAUGUUUAACUAUGCUGAUGACAGAGAGACUGUGUAUGCCUGGUUUACCUUCUCGCAUUGGCUUGUGUAUGCCAACAGUGCAGUGAACCCUAUCAUUUAUAACUUUCUCAGUGGAAAAUUUAGAGAAGAAUUUAAAGCAGUAUUUUCUUGCUGCUGGCUUGACAUUCAUCAUCACCAGGAUGAACGACUCACCAGGGGCCGUGCAAGCACUGAAAGUCGGAAAUCCUUGACCACCCAGAUCAGCAAUUUUGAUAAUGUUUCAAAACUUUCAGAACAUGUUGUGCUGACCAACAUGAGCACACUCCCAGCAAAUGGUGUGACGGCCAAACUCAGCCCAUUGAAGUCUGUGGAACUGCACCUGCGUACGCCGGGGAUGAACAUGACUUCAAGUUUAGAUGAAGCAGAAGGCGUUUCUGUGGAAGACAGUGGCACAACAGAUAAUACAGAGUGGGCCAAAUUCAUCCCGGGUGUAACCAAACUGACCUUACUGGAGUUACAUCAGGGAUAAGUUUUGCCCUGUACAUUUAAAACAACCUGCGAAUGGCACUCCAGUGACAACACAACAGCUGGCCAAAGGGAUUCCUCCAAAAUGACUGCUUCUUCAAUUCCCAGUCUUAUGGAAACUUAUUUACCUCAUCAUGAGCUAAAGAUACAGAAUUCACAUCUUUGCAAGACUUUUUAAAGAAUAUAUUGCAUCAUGCUUUGUAAAUACUGGAUAUAUUUAUUUUUAAUAUAUCCCAGAUGCCAUGUAACAUUCUCAAAUGCAUCAAGUAAAGAACUGAGUAUUUCAAAGCAAGGAGUCAUUAACAUUUAUUUUAUGUACUGAUACCAGUAAUGACUUUAAUUUAAUUGAAAAGAACACUUGCUUCUCCUAUGCAUUAGUGGAAUUUUGGAAUUACCUUUUCACAUGAUACACAAAUGCACAGUCCAGGCAAUAAAAUGGAGGAUCUGGAAUACUGGUGCAGGAGGUUAAACCAGACAUAGGGAUUACAGAAACAUGGUGAUAUAGCACCCAUGACUGGUAUUGAAACGUAUGUCUGAUUAGGAGAGCUAGAAAUAAAGACAUUGUACAGCAAUGUAAACUAUAAAGAAAAAAUAGUGGCAGUGUAGACAAAACAGAAGCUAUUUGGGUCAAAAUCACUUUG